UCUUCCUGACGCAUCGCUCGUGUCUCUCCUGCGCCGAUAGUUAUCGCGGAGUCAACGCUCUACGAGAAUUUCUCUCUAAAGAGACAUCACGGCUUGGAAGUAGCUAUUUGUGGAUGAGUACCAAGUGGCGUGAAGAAGAGUGACUAAAAACUUGAAUUAUUAAACUGACGCCGUCGGCAGUUUUUUGCCGAUCGGCGAACGUCUGAAGCCAGUCAGCUGAGCUUCUUAUUUUUUUUAUUUUUCGGAUGUUUGUCAUGGGGAUGCGGUGAUUGGGAUUACAAGUUGGACCGUGCCCUCAGCCUGGGGGCGACGUCAAGAUGCUAGUGCCACCGGAUAUGCUGGCAUCCCACUCCAAGAUGGUCUAUCAAAUUAAUAAAUACUUUGGGGAGCGUGUAAUGUCGCGGAAAAGCCAGGUUGCCAAAACAAUUCAAGAAGUUUGUCGAGUGGUUCAGGAUGUACUGAAAGAAGUUGAAGUGCAGGAGCCGCGCUUCAUAUCGUCCUUGACGGAUUACAAUGGGCGUUUUGAUGGACUCGAUGUCAUAUCACCGACUGAAUUUGAAAUAGUCAUCUAUCUCAAUCAAAUGGGUGUUUUGAAUUUUGUGGAUGAUGGCACCCUGCCGGGUUGCGCUGUAUUGAAACUCAGCGACGGUAGAAAGCGUUCAAUGUCACUGUGGGUUGAAUUCAUCACGGCGUCUGGUUAUUUGAGUGCUAGAAAAAUACGCUCGAGAUUUCAGACACUUGUGGCACAGGCGUGUGAUAAGUGUGCUUAUCGAGAUUCUGUUAAGAUGAUCGCCGAUACGACUGAAGUGAAGUUGAGAAUCCGUGAGAGAUACGUUGUGCAGAUAACACCAGCAUUCAAGUGCGCCGGUUUGUGGCCAAGAUCAGCGUCUCACUGGCCAAUCCCUCAAAUUCCCUGGCCCCAUCCGAACAUUGUCGCCGAGGUCAAAGCCGAGGGUUUUGAUAUGCUGUCGAAGGAGUGCAUUGGCCUCCAGGGAAAGCAAUCAGCGAUGGAGGGUGAUGCUUGGGCAUUGUCAUUUAUCGAUGCCGAGAACAGACUCCUUCAAGGAGCUAGUCGAAGACGUUGUCUCAGUAUCUUGAAGACUCUACGAGAUCGACACUUGGACUUGCCCGGCAAUCCUGUCACUAGCUAUCACAUGAAAACACUCUUGUUGUACGAAUGCGAAAAGCAUCCACACGAAAUCGAAUGGGACGAGAGCUGUCUUGGUGACAGAAUCAAUGGCAUCUUUCUUCAACUCAUCUCUUGUCUCCAGUGUCGACGAUGUCCUCACUAUUUUCUGCCAAAUCUCGAUCUCUUCAAGGGCAAAUCACCCAGUGGACUUGAAAACGCUGCCAAGCAGGUCUGGCGGCUCACCCGGGAACUCCUCACCAAUACUCGAGCACUCGAGAAACUCUAGUGAUUGUUCUUCCAAAUUAUCUUGAACACCUCUUCGUGUGCUUUUCAUUAAUCAUUCAAUAAUUAAUGAAUCAUUGUGUAGAAUUAUUUAACAUACACCGGUGUGACUGUGUGAAUGUGCGACUCAUGAAACUUUCGAGUCUGUGCCAUAUAUAUAUUUAAAAAACCAUUACCGUCGAUCUGUAUGAAAAAUUGUUGGUACUCUCUGUUGUUACUUUAGUCAAGUUGCCUUGUGAUUGUAUUCAAAUGAACUCCAUGUAGCAAUCUAAUUUUUUUUUAUUCAAUUGUUUGUUUGUGUUUUUUUUUUAUCAAAGAGAAUCGGCGGCGUGUCGACUAUUUAAAUGAAUCCGACGAGAGAAAACAAUUGGAGUACACACUUAUUCAUGUAUAACAUUAUCUCCUGCCGGCUUUUGUAUAUACACUUAUAUGAAGAUAUUUAUUGAACUGUAUAACAGCAGAUAAAGGAAAUAUAGUGAUA